AUGGCAGCCAAACCCGAGGAAGUUUUCAGACUGUUAUUCCAACAAGGGAAGCUCGUGUUGGAUAACCCGCAGAAAGUCACACAUAUUCAUGAUAGAGGCGAGUCCUUUCGACUGAAGAGCGAACAAAGAAAUCCGCCAAGCCGAAGAAUCAACGGGGCUUCCAGAAAGCCAGAAGAUUUUCGCUUCGAACGCGAUGUCAUCAGGAAUAUUGCCGGCGAACUUGACGAGGCGGCCGCCAUGGUGCCUCACCUCCUUGAACCCGAUAAAGAUUUUGUACCGCGGCGCACAUUUGAACAAAUCAUGACGUACAGCCGGGUCUUAUCCGCCGUUCACGUGCUCAAAUGCUUCAAAGGUGUUCAAGAUAAGGAUCAGCUCGCUAGGGAAAUUCUACAUGGCAGUGCGGACGGCUCCAAGGCGCCCUGUGUCAAGCUUCUCGCAAUUCUGAUCGGAAUCGACAAGGCCGAGGACAUGUUGAUUCACAUGUCGGCUGAUGAGCUGAGAGAUAGUUGUCUUCCUCUACAGAAGGUGCCUGCUGACAGACGUCGAACUCUUCGCUGCAGAAAGCACAAGGAUCAUCGACAGCUCAACACAUAUUCUCGCUCAGAUUAUCGUACAAGGUUCUCUCAGUGGUCAUACACAGUAUGCUCGCCCUUUAUCAAGUGGGAACAAGGAAGACAUCAGCAUUACAUACUUGAUACUGGGGACGUCUUCCCUAUGGAAGUUGUGGCCAAGGUCGAGGAAGAGGAGAGGAAAUCGGAUUCCGGUGGAAACUCGUACGGAGGUUUCAGCGAGGUGUACAAAGUGAGAAUUCACGAGGGUCAUUCCGACUUUGGAGUGCAUGGGAUUCGACACCCACAAGGCUACUUUGCGCUGAAGAAGCUUACGUCCCAUAGUCGCGACAGCUUCAAUCUUGAGUUGUCGUCACUCGUCUCCACUGCUCAGAACUAUCAAAAGAAACACAUCAUCCAGCUAUUGGCCACCUUCGAGGUCAAAAAUGCGGCGACAAGGGAAUCAACCUUCUAUCUCUUGUUCGACUGGGCUGAUGGAACUUUGAACAAAUUUUGGCAGAGCAAUCAAGCUCUGGUGAGAGACAAGAAGCAUUGCAAAUGGAUGGCCACUCAAUUCUAUGAAGUCUGCGAGGCCCUCCGCUACGUUCACAACGACCGCGAACCAACUGUGCGAUAUCUGGAAGACCGAGACUCCAAUAAGCAGUUAUACGGACGUCAUGGGGAUAUCAAGCCAGGGAAUUUCCUGUGGUUCAAAUCAGAUAGCUUCCCUGGUAUUCUGGCCUUGGCGGACUUUGGUCUUGGAAGACUGCAUACCCAAGUUUCCCGCUCAAAGCAAGAUCCCAACAGCUUGGAGAGAACAGCAACUUACCGCUGCCCCGAAUUUGAUCUGGAAUUCGGUCUCGUGUCACCAAGAUCCGAUAUCUUCAGCCUGGGGUGUGUUUUCCUCGAAUACGUCACCUGGUUUUUGCUCGGACUUGAAGAUGUGGAGAAAACAUUUCCCGAUUUCAGAUUGGAACAAGAUAAACAUGGUUUUGACUCUGAUGUUUUCUUCUCAAUCAAAGACAAAAAGGCUUUCCUCAAGUCCUCGGUUACCACAUGGAUCACGAAACUCAAGAACCAUCGCGAUUGCUCUUGGUACCUUUCGGACUUGCUGGAUAUCAUUCGAGACCGUAUGCUAGAUCCCGAAUCCACGACGAGAAUCCCAUCGAGCUUGUUGAGCAAAAAGAUGAAGGAUAUUUUGAAGACUUGCACCGUCGACCCAGAUUACUAUCUUAAGCCCAAACACUGA